CUCGUACUCGUGAUCAGCCGCGGCACGAAGUCCAGAGCACAAUCAGGUGCGCCUGCACCAGACUUCUUCUCGUGGACUCGACUUAUAAACACUUCCAGAGACCCCCUUUCGCCUUCGCCACCCGCGUCUCCGUUCACUCUCUUUGCUGAUGGAAACAGUCAAUGCAACAAUCCCAGAUUUCAGAACUACAGAACCAGGAAUGGCUGGAGGUAAUGGAGCUGAACUGGAGGAUUUCAAGCAUCGCGUUGAUGACAUAUUCACAAAGGUGGAUAAGCUUGAACAAAGAGUAAAUGAAGUCGAACAGUUCUACCUGACUACAAGUAAAAAGCAACCAAACAAUUCUAAAGCUAGCUCAAUUGCGAAGGAAAAAGAUAAGGAAAAACGCAUUCCUAGCAUAAAGAAGCUGCAGCAAGAAGCAGCACAUAGAGAAGCAGCUGCAGCAAAGAGAAUGCAAGAACUUAUGCGCCAGUUUGGCACAAUAUUACGUCAGAUCACUCAGCACAAGUGGGCAUGGCCCUUUAUGCAACCUGUAGAUGUUGAAGGUCUUGGGUUGCAUGACUACUAUGAGGUUAUUGACAGACCCAUGGACUUCAGUACAAUAAAAAAUCAAAUGGAGGCCAAGGAUGGUACUGGAUAUAAGAAUGUCAGAGAUAUAUGUGCUGAUGUGAGGCUGGUCUUUACAAAUGCAAUGAAAUACAACAACGAUGAAAAGAGUGAUGUUCACGUGAUGGCAAAAACCUUGUUGGCAAAAUUUGAGGAGAAGUGGCUACAACUUUUGCCAAAAGUCACUGAAGAGGAAAAACGACGAGAAGAAGAGGAAGCACAGGUAGAAAUAAAUAUGAAGCUUGCUCAGGAAGCAGCACAUGCUAAAAUGGCUAGGGAUCUAAGUAAUGAAAUUUACGAGGUCGAUAUGCAUUUGGAAGAACUCAGAGAAAUGUUGGUUCAGAAUUGCAGAAAAUUUUCUAGUGAAGAAAAAAGGAAACUUGGGGCUGAUUUAACUAGGCUGUCUCCUGAAGAUCUUACUAAGGCACUUGGGAUAGUAGCUCAGAAUAACCCAAGCUUCCAAGCAGCAGCUGAGGAGGUUGACCUUGACAUCGAUGCUCAGAGUGAAUCAACGUUAUGGAGGUUGAAAUUCUUCGUCAAGGAUGCUCUGGAAACCGGCAACAACACUGUCAACAGUGACAGUGCUGCUGCUGCAACCACCACCACCUCUAAACAAAAAUGUGAUGCCAUUGCCAAUAAUGCCAAGAAACGGAGUAGAAAGCUUUUGUUAACUGACGAUAAUCAGAAACAGAAGAACAAGGAUGGUUGAAUUCUCAGAAAAUUAACUGACGCGUGGUUUUUGAAAUCGUUGUUUGGUCAGAUGUAAACCCUUAGGAGAGCGCUCUCUUCGGUUUUCUGUAAAGGCACAAUCAUAUUUAUAGAUAAAUAAAAUUACCCAAUUUGUUGCUGUUCUCCUGUAGGGGUGAUCUUGGCCUAAUAACUUUACGGUUGUGGAUUCAAGUCUUGGGAUAACAACUUUGGGUUUUUUGUUGUU